CUUGUUCAAACAUUCUCUCCUAGUUCUUGUCAUAUCCAGACGGUGAUGGACUGAUUGGCGCCUCCACAUUCGCCCGUGAUAGGCAUCUAUCGGACGCUGAAGCAUGGCGCCGAGUGACUACACUUCCGCGGGCUCUGGCAAACUCAAGCUCAAAGGCGUGAAGGACUCGAAGGUCGACAAAAAGAAAAAGAAAAAAUCCUCGUCCAAAGCCAGAGAAAACGAAGCCCCUGCACCGGAUCAGACGGAGGGCGAAGGGGCUGAUGAUCAGCUCAGGGAUCGGUCAGUCAUGCUGCGAAAGCUGGAGGAGGAAGAUCAAAUGAUUGCGACGGAGGCAGGGGAGAGAGCACAAAAGUCAAAGGCCGAUUCCGCUGGCGGUGAAAAUGACGCUGGGGGACUCGUCGAGGAUGAGAAAGGUGGGAUUGUCAAGACGGAAGCAGAGAGACGGUAUGAGGAGCAGAGACGGAGAAGGCUUGAGGAACGCUUAAAACGAGAAGGUGUCAAGACGCACAAAGAGCGGGUUGAGGAGUUGAACCGCUACCUGAGUAGUCUGAGCGAGCAUCACGACAUGCCGAGAAUAGGACCAGGCUAAUAUGGGCUCAAUCAAAUGGGUCCGAGAUUUGGGAUAAACUUGCAAUAUACUCCGUACAUGUUCUCAAACCGUUCGGGAGGACGGAGUUUUGCAAGGUCCCGUGGUUCUUCGGAGGAGCCGAGCUGUCACCACAAGCUCUUAGACCUAGCAGCAAAGAAAUAUCGGAAGAUUUCACUGGUCCUGAAGCCGGUCGUUGGGGUGGUCGGACGAUAUCUAGGGGACCUCGCAAGAAACCCCAUUCCAGAUGCCUUGGUGUGCGGUGGAGCAGGAUUGGAUUCCUCACAUAAUGGCAUGAUCGAGAAAACGUGUGGUGAACAAUGAAUCGGCUUGUCUUGUAAUUCCGCUGUAUCCUCUGUUUAUGUACAAUGUUACGUCCACCAACGG